AUGUUGAAUCAAUAUACUACACCUCCAAGAAUACCUAAACCUUCUCCUGUUCCUUAAAAUUAAGAAUAACUAUUACAUGUUGUACUUCAAGAAAGAUAAAUUCAAUAACAACAACGAUAUUAUACUCCUCAAUUAAUUAGACCUCCAUCAUAAUAAACCAUUUCAACUUAAUUAAAUUCUCCAAUUUCCAAUUAACCAAAAUAAUAACGAUAUAGUGUAAUGUAAUAAAUCAAUCAAAAUGAUAUGCAUAAUCAAUAUCAUCAAAUUAUGUAAUAUUACAAAGAGUUAGAAAUGAAUAUAUAAUAAUAAAAAUAAGAGAACUAUGUUAAAUAUAAUGAAAUUCUCUAAAAAAUUGAUAACAUUUAAUAAAUUAUGGCUCAUAACAUUAAUUAAUUGAAUAUUAAUCAAAGAAAUGAAUAUCAAUAAUUAUUACAGGAAUUGUAAUAAUAACGUUUAGAAAAUUAAUAAAGAUAUGAAUAAUUGUUCUAUAAUAUAGAAUAACAAAAAGAUUAGAAUCAUUAUGUGAAUUAAUUGUAACAAAGAGAAUAACUAUUAUAAUAAUAACAUUAAAUUAUUGAAUAAUAGAAACAACAGCUAUAAAAUAAUAACAUUAUUAAAACUCCUUAAUAAUAAUAAAUAUAUUAUAAUUCUAAUCCCUCAGAUUUAGAGUAAAAACUAUUUCCACAAGAACAAAAUUCAUAAGAUUAACUCAAUUACUCUUAAAUUCACAAUAGAUCUAAUAAAUUGUCUUCUCCUUAGAUUUAAAUACCUAAUAGAAAUUAAUCUUAAGAUAAUAAUACUUUUGGAAUUAAUUCUGGCCAAAUUACACCAUUUCUUCAAGGUUCUCCAUAAUAAUAACCUAAUUAAUAAUUAUUAUAAUAAGAAUAAUAUAAUUCUCCAUCUAAUAAACAAUUAAUGAAUAAUUAGAUGUCAAAUUAAAUUAUAAAACAAACUAAAUCUCCAAGAGAAUAAAUUUCACCUUGUAUUUGUAUAAAUAGUCCCAAAAAUACAAGCAGAGAUAAUUCUAUUUCUCAUUAGAAGAAGUAGAUAUUUGAAAAACCUAUUUUUGAAUAAAUUAAUAAUAAACCAUUAUUUCAUUAAAAUCCUCCUAUUAAGAAUUAAGAUAAUUAAAUAAUUAAUUAAUCUACAUAAUAAUAUUAUUAGGUAAUAUAACCAUUUCAUUCUGAUGAAAGUAUAAUAAUUGAUGAAUCAAAAAAUUCUUCUGAAUUAUUACAAUAAUUAAAGGGAGAAUAUGGAAUCAAUAGUUUAACUCAAAAUACAUCCCUAUAGUUAAUUACUAAUUAAUUACAAUUAAUAUAUUGUUUAUCAUGUGAUCAAUACAUAUCUCUAUAAUUAUCUGAAUAACAUCUUUAAGUUUGUAAUUCUUAAAAACCUUAAAGAAGAUAAAAUGAUAGUUAUUUAGAUAAAUAUAUAGUAUAUAGAGGAGAUGAUUUCUUAAUUGAAACUUUAGAUGCCAAAAUCAAAAGAAUUUGUUAAGAAAUUUAAAAAAUAAAAUUAAUGAUGCAAUUAGCUCAAUUAUAAAAGUGGACCACUUAUGAAUAUAUUUAAUUAAGAGAAUUUUGUUAAAUAGCAAUUGCAAUACUUGAUAGAUUAUUGACAAAUCCCAAUUCCUAUUAAAUAAAUAAUUAUUAUCAACAUACUUAAUAAAUAUUUAAUAUUGUUUAUAUGGCACCCUAAAUAUUUUAUAAACAAUAGGCUAAAUUAUUGUAAAAAUGCUUAGAUCGUAUAAAAGAUUUAUAAUUCCUAUUUAAAAAAUGA